AUGCCAUCCCAUCCGGCCCCCACGUCUCGUCCUCAGCCCCAGCAACAGCAACCACAGCAGCAACCAUACCGCUACAUCCGCGUCCCCAAAUCCGACCCGCCCGCGCUGCAGCGCGCCGCCAGGAGCUACCGCGCCCUCCGUCUCUCGGCGCUACAGCGCUCGCCCGCCUCCUUCUCGUCCACGUACGCCGACGAAGCCUCGUGGCCGGAGAGUCACUGGCUCGCGCGGCUGGGCCGAGAGGGGUUUGAGACUUUUGCUGCUGUUGUCGCGAGCAGCUCUGCUGCUGCUGCUGCUGCUGCUGCUGAGAGUGGGGACCCUGGGCAGGAAGGAGGGAGGGGCGAGGAGGAGUGGCUCGCGCAAGUCACGCUGAGGGGGCCGAUACCGUAUAAGAACGCGGGGUGGGAAUUGCCGGAGGAGAGUGGGCAGGUGGCGCAGAGGAGCGAGGAGUGGGAGGGGGAGGAGCGGUGGGUCAUGACGGGGUUGUUUGUGGAUGAGGGUGCGAGGGGAAGGGGGGUUGCGGCGGGGUUGGUCGGGGAGGCGGUUCGUUGGGUUGAGGAGGAGAGGGUGGAGGAGGUGGGAGGGGAGGCGGAGGAGAGGGAGAGGGUCUUCAGGUUCAGGGUGAUGAUUGCGCCGGAUAAUGAUGCGAGUCUGGCGUUGUUUAGAAAAUUGGGCUUUGAGGUUUGGGGGAAUUGUACUAUGAAGGAGGGGGCGGAAGGGAACGGGGAGCCGUUGCCUGCGGGGUGGGAGGCGAUGGGCGCGAUGUGGACUACGAGGCGGGGCUGGAUUUUGGGGAGGGUCGACGUUGUGAAGGCUUGA